UGCACGACUGCGGACGUGAGAUGAGAAUGGACAUGGAAGACGUGGACAUGACGCGGUGGACGGAGGCGGAGUUUGAAGAGAACUGCACGUACAUCGUCAACGAUCAGACGCGGGACCCCGACUCGGACGCCGACCAGUCGCACGCUCAGGCCACUCUGCCGCGCAACCUGAAGUUCAAGCUCGCUCCCGGCUCAAACGAGGUGAUCGGAGUAACGAGCGCAGAAUACAUUCCCAAAGGGACGAGGUUUGGGCCGCUGGUGGGCGAGGUCUUUACCGACGAAACCGUCCCGAAGAAUGCAAACAGAAAGUACUUUUGGAGGGUGAGUUGUUAAAAAAAUAGAUACAUUAGACAAUAGACAAUAGGUGCAGGAGGAGGCCAUUCGGCCCUUCGAGCCAGCACCGCCAUUCAAUGUGAUCAUGGCUGAUCAUCCACAAUCAGUACCCUGUUCCUGCCUUCUCCCCAUAUCCACUGACUCCGCUAUUUUUAAGAGCCCUAUCUAGCUCUCUCUUGAAAGUAUCCAGAGAACCGGCCUCUGAGGCAGAGAAUUCCACAGACUCACAAGUCUCUGUGAGAAAAAGUGUUUCCUCGUCUCCGUUCUAAAUGGGUUACCCCUUAUUCUUAAACCAGUGGCCCCUGGUUCUGGACUCCCCCCCCAACAUCGGGGGUGGGGGAAUCCAGAACAUUCUUGCUGAUGCACUUGAACGUUUACCAAAUAAACUGGGCGGCACAGUCACGGUGGCGCAGCGGUAGAGUUGCUGCCUUACAGCGAACGCAGCGCCGGAGACCCGGGUUCGAUCCUGACUACGGGUGCUGUCUGCGCGGAGUUUGUACGUUUCCCCCCGUGACCUGUGUGGCUUUUCCCCGAGAUCUUCGGUUUCCUCCCACACUCCAAAGGCGUACAGGUUUGUAGAUUAAUUGGCUUGAUAAAAAUGUAAAAAAUAGUUUGGUAUUAAUUUGUCCAACUUCCAGUAUAGUCCCUGGUGGACACUUCGGAAGUGACAAGUGACAAGGUACAAGGUACGGUGGCCUUACGGUAGAGUUGCUGCCUUAAAAAGCCCUGUCCCAAGGUACGAGUUCAUUCCAAGACCUCUCCCGAGUAUAAAAAAAAUCAAACUCGUGGUAAGCACGGAGAAUGAACGUAGUGGGUACGUUGGAGCUCGGGGACGUCUCUUAGCGCUAACGGCGGGUACUCGGGAAGACUCGCUAACGGCAGGUAAGCACGGGAAGACUCGUGAAGAUUUUUCAACAUGAUGAAAAAUGUCCACGAGAGCCCCGAGUACCGACGAGUGGCCAUUACCGUAAAUCUCCGAGUUCGAAUCAGGGCAAACUCGGGAGAACUCUUGGAAUGAACUCGCACCGUGGGGCAGGGCUUUAACAGCGCCAGAGACCCGGGUACAAUCCUGAACACGACUACCGGUGCUGUCUGUACGUAGUCUGCACGUUGUCCCCGUGACCUGCGCGGUUUUACUCCAAGUUCAUCGGAUUCCUCCCACACUCCAGUGACGUACAGAUUUGUAGGUUAAUUGGCUUGGUGCAAAUGUAAAAAUUGCCCCCUAGUGUGUGUAGGAUAGUGUCAAUGUGCGGGGAUUG